CCAACUUCCGGCCUUAAAUUGUUUUCCCUGUCCAAGAAACGUGAAUUUGAGAUAAACAAACAAACGUGAUAUUUUAUUUAGCUACGAAACGUUCGAAUGUAGCUGGUGUUAGCCGCAUACAUUUGACCAUGGUGAAAUGCGUGGUCCAGGGGUGUCCUAAUCGAAGCGACAAUAAUAAAGGAGCGUUUCCGAAUCGACCUUCCAAGAGGUUUUUCAAUUUACCUAAGGCCCAGGCUCGAGUGAAAGUGUGGCUUGCCGCACUGCGAGAGACGGAGAAGGAGGAUUCAACAGAGGAUCACAUAAUAUGUGAAGACCACUUUCUGACAGACCACAUAACACCUCUCGGAAUAAGCGAGGAUGCCAUUCCUAUAAUGCCCCCAUACCUUGACGGGCCACUGAGUCUGAUCAGCCCGUGGGGCGAGGACUCUUCUGACGAAGAGGAAUUCGUGGAUGAUGAUGCUUCGGCUACGCACAAUGACGAUGUUGAAGAAGAAUAUGAUGAGAGUCAGGCCGAGACAGCACCAUCUGCAUCUAGGUUCCGUAAACUGGUUGAAGGCACCAAGACAAAGACAAGACAAGUCAGUGCUUCCACUGAACCCAAGACAGUGUUACCGGACAUCAGGAAGGGAUUUGUCCGCCACGAUCUAUCCUUGGCUCUGUUGACCAAGAAGUUCCUAAGGCUAAUGAGUGGCGCCCCUCAUGGUGUCAUGGACCUCAACCUUGCAGCACAGAACCUCCACACACGCAAGCGGAGGGUAUAUGACGUCACCAACUGCCUGGAGGGGAUCAAGCUCAUCCAGAAACAAUCGGCCAACAAGAUCAAGUGGAUAGGUCCGUGUCCAGUUGCCAGUUUUGUGGGGCCGAAGCAGAGGCUUCAGCGGGAACUUAAGAACCUGAAGACGGUGGAGGAGAGUCUGGAUGAGCUCAUCAAGACCUGUGCCCAGCAGCUCUUUGACAUGACCGACAGCUUGGACAACAUAGAAUUAGCCUACGUGACCCACAGUGACAUCAGUGGUAUCAAGGUGUUCCAGGAACAGACAGUCGUUGCCAUCAAAGCCCCGGAGGAGACCAAGCUGGAGGUGCCCACACCCAAGGAGGAUGGCAUCCAAAUCCACCUGAAGGGAGGCAGGGGACCAAUCAAAGUGCUGACCUGUGAGAUGGAUGGGCCUCCACGUGACACACAGGGAAGUGGAAAGACAUCAGGCUUUCUAUCACUGGAGGAGAGCAGGAUUAAGACCAUGCUUCUGCACACAGGGGCCUCUGCAUCACAGAAUGCUGUACAGAGUGGAUAGUCUGUCGUCAUGGUAGCAUGCUGCACUGUCACAUUGUCCUCAUUGGAUGUUUUUUUUUUCACUGUUUGGACUCCACAUCCUGACAUUGUCACUUUGGGAAGAGGCCAUUUUUGUCAUAAAAAAACAAACAAAAAAUCUGUGUAAAAUGCCAACGAUUAAAGCAAAGUAAGUGGAGGAAUGUAUGACUUCAUUGUAAAAAGUGCACGUAAGUCAUGAAAUCACAAGCUUUAUUUUUAUACAUGUAGUUUUGAGUUUACUAAAGUGAGUUGUGUGGUUGCAGUACACUACUACUGUAAUAAUGUACUUUUAAAUCAUCUUAAAAUGUGUGCAAAAUGUGACAGCUAUAGUCAUUAGAAAGUAACACAUGCUUAUGUACAGAAAUUAUAAUUCUCCAAGCAGUAUCAUGAUGUACUGUAGUGGAUUUGAACAUGAUGUGUAUGUUCUUUGCUUUUGUUAUUUUUUCAUCUGACUAUUCUGAAUGCCCUAUUAAAAGUUCAACUUUU